AUUGAUUCCUGAAGGUUUGUGUUAGAGGAGGUUUGGAGUUAGGGUUAGGAUUAGGAUAUACACAGGCAACCUUGAAAGAUUGCAGCGAGAGGGGAAAGGGCGUGGGUGAAGUUCGGGUGAGGAUUCUGGAGUGGAUUGUGGAGUGGGAGAUGAGUGAAGGGUUUGGAGAGAUUGGGUGGAGGGAAGAAUUCGAUGGAUCAUGUGUUUGCAGGGAUUCGGACGGAGCUCGCCUCCAACGAUGGGGUGCGGCAAGCGAACGCGCUACUGCUGGCGCUGCAGCAAGCGGCGUCAGGGAAAGACAUCUCCUCUAUUGCGAGCUCCGCUUGCGAUGAGGUAAUUGCUAGCCCCGCAAGUGCGGUGUGUAAGAAGCUGGCCUUCGACUUAGUCAGGUGCACGCGCCUGACCGCAGAGCAGUGGGAGGUCGUGUGUCGCGGCAUUCUUAAUGAUUUCGAUUUUCCGGACUCGGACGUCACAGCCGCGGCAGUUUCCUUCAUAUCCGCAAUUCCAUCUUGGCGACUUGGGAAUUUUAUCAUCGAUUGCAGCGACAAGAUUUCUAAUUGCAUUUUAAGCGACAACCCGAAUUUGAGGUAUGCGAUAAUCGAGACGCUCGGGUGCUUGCUUGCUCGGGACGAUCUUGUCAACCUCUGCGUGUCGAGCGCCCCAUUGCUGGAGAAAGUGUCAUUAUGGUGGCGGCAGCUCGGUGAAACCAUGCUCCAUCCCUACGACGCCGUGGCGAGGAUUGCAUACGAAGGCGUCGGGCGCCUCUUCCUGGAGUUUAGUACUAAGAGGAUGAGCAGGCUAGCGGGUGACAAGCUUGUGCCCACGGAAGAUGCCGUUGCCAUUCGCUCCGGCUGGGUUGCGGCCAUGUGCAGAUUUGUGUGGGAAAAGGCCGAUUUGCUGAGGGCCCGUGCCAAGGUUUUAACACUCGAGAGCUUUCGAUCGUCUGUUUACCCGCUUGUUUUCUCAGCUAAGGCCGUGGCUACCGGAAUGGUAGAGGAAAUGGAGAUGCUGUCGGGGAAUCAUGUGAGGUCUCGAAGGGCAGUAAUGCAGAGAGACAAUGCCGAGAACAUUCUUGGAAUUUCGGACGUGGUUUCCCACCUUAUGCCUUACUUAUUUGUACUUGACCCAGCUUUAGUUUAUGAGGUUAGUGUGAACCUCCUUUCCUUGGCAGAUGUGCCAGGAGGAAAGCCUGAGUGGGCAUCGGCACCAAUCACUGCACUACUCACGCUAUGGGAUCGACAGGAGUUUAAUGCAGGGCGAGAGAGCAUCGUUCGUGCAGUCGUGAAAAAUCUUCAACUCUUGGACCUUCACUUGCAGGUGUCACUUUUCAAACGUCUUCUUCUAAUGGUAAGGAAUCUAAGAGUUGAAGCGGAUCGCAUGCAUGCUCUCGCCUGUAUCUGCCGAACUGCACUGUGUGUGGACCUUUUUGCGAAGGGAAGCGUUAGAAGUGGUCAAAAACCGUUACAGAACACGAAUAUAGCUUCACUAUUUGAGGAGUCAAAAAUAAGGGAGGAAAUGACAAGCAUCUCUCUUGAAACCUCCAUAAAUAAGGGAGGAAAUGAGCGAGGAUCAGAGCGAAGGAUCCAGAGUGAAGGUCUUUUUCGAGAAGAAUUGGUUGCCUGUCUAGUUGAGAGCUGUUUCCAGCUGUCUGUCCCUCUGCCGCGCUUAAAAUCUCAGGAUACUGAGAGCCGUGUUAUAGGAGCCGUAACUUAUGGUACGGGGUCUGGAGCUAUGAACUGGACCCAAUCAGCUCUGGAAGUAGUGGAGGUUUGCAGGCCUUGCGUCAAGUGGGAUUGCCAAGGUCGCACUUAUGCCAUGGACUGCUAUUUGAAGCUGCUAGUGCGGUUAUGUCAUAUCUAUGACACGGUUGGGGGUGUGAAGAAAGCUAAGGAUGGUGCAUCCCCUGAGCAAAUUUUGGCAGAAAAACGAUUGCAGGCUCUUCAACGGGAACUUGUUAAAGAUCUCAAUGCGGUUGCUACUUCAAGGUUGCGAGCCCGUGUCAUAUGGGCCUUGGCGGAGCACUUUGAUCUUGAGGGUCUAGAUCCGUUGCUGGCUGAUGAUCCUGAGGAUCCUUUGAAUGUUAUCAUUGAUCACAUACACAAGGUCCUCUUCAAUCACGACUCUACGGCAACUUCGACCAAUAGGUUACAGGAUGCACAGGCUCUGUUACUUUGUGCUGAACAUUUAGGCGCAAGGAAUUUGCGAGCUGGGCAGCUCCUGACAAGAGAACUUGAAGAAUUCAGGAAUAGUACUCUAGCCGACUCUGUGCUCAAGCACCAGUGCCGCCUAAUACUGCAGAAGUUCAAAUAUAUUGCUAAGCAUCAGGAUUCUAAGUGGGUAGGAAAUUCAGGUGCUACCGGCGAUUAUCCUUUCACACAUCAUAAGCUUUCAGCCCAGUACUUUGAUAACUCAGCAGCUCAGGACCGAAAGCUAGAAGAUCUUGUACACACUGCUGUUCAGGACCUUUGGCGACCUGCACGAAGUGAGCUUAGUUUAGCGACCUCUGGAUUUUCGCACUUGAAGUCUCCACCAACACCCGUAACUUUAUCAGGCAGCAGUGAUCCCUGCUUCGUGGAGGCUUACCACCUGAUCGAUCCUCAUGAGAAACGACUUACUCUGCAUCUGAAGAUCGUCAAUAUGACAGAGCAAGAACUCAAGCGAGUUGAUGUACGGGUGGGUUUAAUUGGUGCCCUACGAUUUAUGGACGGUUCUCCCCAGGGUGUCCGGCAACUUCAAAUGCUCCACUCCCAGACACCAGUCUCAUGCAGUGUUACGGUUGGAAUUUCGCGGUUUGAGCGGUGCUCCCUGUCCGUACAGAUUCUCUAUUACCCAUUCUUUGGUGGGGUAGGAGUAGCCAAUGGAGAAGAGGUAGAUGCCCCAGUAGAGGGAACUCAUGGUCGUCUACGUAAAACGGUUACGACUGAGUAUGGAGAACCAGUGGUGUUGCGGUGUGGAUCAUACUGGCUUCCUCUCAUAGAAAUUUUACUUCCGCAUGCUCUUUCACCUGUAGAGUUCUUCAGACUCUGGCCAAGUCUCCCAGCUAUAGCAGAAUUUACUGGGGGUUAUGUGUACGAGGGUGAAGGACGAAAAACAGCAACUGUGUCUGGAGGGUAUAUGGAACCUGCAGUUCUACCAAUUCUCACUGGGCUUAAAGCUUUGUCGUCUAAACCGUUCCAUAAAGUUUGUUCUCAUGUUCUGCGCACAGUGGCGGGAUUUCAGAUUUGUUAUGCAGCCAAGACUUGGUAUGGCGACUUGGUAGGUAUGAUGAUAUUUGGCGUGAGUGAAGUUAGUGGGGAUGUGGACCUUGGGGAAGAAACGAGGACGAUGGUUUGCAAAUUUGUGAUACGGUCAUCAUCUGGUACAUUAGUGGAUGAAAUCACCGCUGAUGUGCAGAGCUGGCUCGACGAUCUGACAGAUUGUGCUGUCAGAGUGGUUUCUGAUGCUGAAGUGCAGGCCGCAGCUCAAGAAAAACUGAAGAGAUUAAUUGAGCUCCUAGCAAUAAUUAGAGCCAAGCCUAAAGAGCCUGAGCCUGAACCUGAACCUGAAGAAGAAGACGAUAGCUUGCUACCAGGCCUCGAAACCAAACCAAAGAAGAGACCAUCCACUCUCGCUCCUCCCUCUCCUGAAGAGAUGGAGCACCGUGCAUUGCAAUCUGCUGUGCUUCAUGAAUGGCAGGUCUUCCGUCAGCAAGCCAUGUAAACUGGACUUCUCAUUUCUUUUCAAAGUAUCGUGAAUGAGCUGGUAGUUUAAUUGUAAAUUUAGGCCGUAUUAUCAAAAUUUAGAAAUUUGAGGAAGUGUUGCAGUGUUCAUAAUGUCCAUAUAUGGUUGCAAAGGUUUUGAAUAGGCAUGAAGAGCAGCCAUUAAGUUAGGAUUGUUUGAUGUUACCAUAAGAGUUUUGGCUUCUUACCUGAGGCAUACAAGUUCAAGCUUGGCAGGCAUGCCCAGUUUGAGAACUCGUCCAACUCAUGUAAAAAUGCAUGUCUACUUUAGGAAGGCCAACAUGCAAGUGAUUCGAUCAUUUUAGGGCGAAAGGUGAAGGGUUUCCACCUCAUCAAUUUACUUCUAAAUGCAGGAUUUAUCGAAGUAAUAAAGUCGUCUCUAGACCUGCGAUUGUAGAUUGUGAUAUCGUAGUAAUGGGAAAGCAUUAUCUUUUUGAAUAAAUGGUAGGUUGGAUACUUUAAUCGCGAGCUUCCUGCAUAGCAUGUUUCCCUUAACUAUUCAGGGUCCACCUAGAAUCUAUUGAAAUAAAGUUGAGAAUUUAGCAUA